AGGAGGAAGGAAGUUUUGUUUUCCUGCUCAAACACAAACUUCUCUCCAACGUUUCACUUCACUGAGGACGAAGACGAACGAACAUGGAGUUGCUGCUGGUUUUUCUGCUGAGGCUCAGCUGUGUGUCUGCGUUCCUCAUCACACUCACCCCCCAAAGAUUGUGUUUGAUAACACAAAAUCGGGUCAUUGUCCUGGGACGCUGUGACGUCACUAACCCUGCCCACCAAUGGGCAUGGACAGGCGGGGCCAGGCUGAUCCACACUCAGUCCUCCAGGUGUCUCUGGGCCAAUGCCAGCCCUCUGCUCCCGCUCCACCCCCGCAUCCCCAAACUCAGCGACUGCAGCGUAGUGCCGCCGUGGAGUUGCUCCAGCACCGAGGGAGCGCUGGGAUUGGCUGACACACACAUGUACCUGAUGAAUCCGGGGUCUCAGGCGGUGGUCGUAGGAAACCUGUGCACCUCAGGGUGGAGGAAGUACGAUGUAGACCCGGGGGGGAAGUGGCUGCUGACGUCUUUAUGUCCGGACACAUACACCACCCAUGUCUCCACCCUCUUCUCUUCAUCCACAAAUGAACCUCUGGGACUCAGCUCCGUCAACACCAUCAUACGUCCUGCGACCACUGUAAUCAACGAGCAACAAUCAAACAGCCACAGAGUCAGCAGACAGGCCACUGCCUCGCAGCCCAGUACAUCACAGGCCACCGCCUCGCAGUCCACCGCCUUGCAGUCCACCGCCUCGCAGUCCACCGCCUCGCAGCCCAGUACAUCACAGGCCACCGCCUCGCAGUCCACCGCCUUUCAGUCCACCGCCUCGCAGGACAAUGCCUCACAGGCCACCGCCUCGCAGUCCACCGCCUCGCAGUCCACCGCCUCGCAGUCCACCGCCUCGCAGGACAAUGCCUCACAGGACAAUGCCUCACAGGACAAUGCCUCGCAGGCCACCGCCUCGCAGGCCACCGCCUCGCAGGACACCGCCUCGCAGGACACCGUAGCACAUGACAUUGCUGUGCAGGACACCACCUCACAGUCCAUCGGCGCGCAGGCCACCGCCUCGCAGGCCACCGCCUCGCAGGCCACCGCCUCGCAGGCCACCGCCUCGCAGGCCACCGCCCCCCAGGCCACCGCCCCGCAGGCCACCGCCUCGCAGGCCACCGCCCCGCAGGCCACCGCCCCGCAGGCCACCGCCUCGCAGGCCAUAACCUCAAAGGCCACCCUUGCACAUGACAUUGCUGCGCAGGCCACUGCCUCGCAGGCCAACGCUACGCAGGCCAACGCUUCGCAGGCAAGUACAUCGCAGUCCACAGCCUCUCAGGCCACCGCCUCACAGGCCACCGUUGCACAUGACAUUGCUGUGCAGGACACCGCCUCGCAGUCCACCGCCCCGCAGGCCACCGCCUCGCAGUCCACCGCCCCGCAGGCCACCGCCCCGCAGGCCACCGCCCCGCAGGCCACCGCCCCGCAGGCCACCGCCUUACAGGCCACAGCCUCACAGGCCACCGCCUCGCAGUCCACCGCCCCGCAGGCCACCGCCCCGCAGGCCACCGCCCCGCAGGCCACCGCCCCGCAGGCCACCGCCCCGCAGGCCACCGCCUUACAGGCCACAGCCUCACAGGCCACCGCCUCACAGGCCACCACCUUGCAGGCCACCGCCUCGCAGUCCAUCGGCGCGCAGGCCACCGCCUCACAGGCCACCGCCUUGCAGGCCACAGCCUCGCAGGCCAACGCCUCGCAGGCCACCACCUCACAGUCCACCGCCUCGCAGGCCACCACCUCACAGUCCACCGCCUCGCAGGCCACCACCUCACAGUCCACCGCCUCGCAGGUCACCGCCUCGCAGUCCAGUAGAGCUCUAACUGAUGUGGUGGAUAUCACCAAAGCUCGGACCAGGAGGUCAGUUACAGUAGAUUCAAAUCCUGACUUUUCAACUUCAGUGGAAGGACUGUCGACGUUGACCAGCAGCGAAGCCGUGUCAUCCAGCGACCUGGUGACCACUGACACAUCAGAGAGUUGGUCAAUGACAAACGUCCUGGAGCUGAGGGCCAGAGUGUCCAGCUCGUCCCCAUCCUUGUCCAUAGGUUUAACAUUCAGCUCUGAGGACGUGACUGAAGCUGUAGCCACCUCACCUCCAACUGCCACCGCUCAUCCACCCGCUCUGACACAUUCUCCAGCCAUACUUUCAGCCACCCCCAACACCUCCCAGAAUUCACCUGGAGUUAGCCCAACGCUACACACAGUGUCUACACUUCAUCCACCCACCUCUGCUCCACCCACUUCCCCACAUGGGAGCAUCACCCACUCAGCAUCAACAAUUCCACCCAUGAUUCUGAUAAACACACGGAUAAGCACAACCAGAGCCACGACCCCGCCUGUAGCCUCUCCUAUAAACCCUCCUGUAACCCCACCUGUAACCCCUACUGUAGCCCAACCUGUUACCUCACCUGUAACUCCUCCUGACACCCCUCCAGUAACCCCACCUGUAACCCCUACUGUAGCCCAACCUGUUACCCCACCUGUAACCCCUCCUGUAACCCCACCUGUUACCCCUCCUGUAAACCCACCUGUUACCCCUCCUCUAACCCCACCUGUCACUCCUCCUGUAACCCCUCCUGUAACCCCUCCUGUAACCCCACCUGUAACCCCUCCUGUAACCCCACCUGUAACCCCUCCUGUUACCCCUCCUCUAACCCCACCUGUCACUCCUCCUGUAACCCCUCCUGUAACCCCACCUGUAACCCCUCCUGUAACCCCACCUGUAACCCCUCCUGUAACCCCACCUUUUACCCCUCCUGUAACCCCACCUGUAACUCCUCCUGACACCCCUCCUGUAACCCCACCUGUAAUUCCUCCUGUAACCCCACCUGUAACCCCACCUGUGACCCCUCCUGUAACUCCACCUUUUACCCCUCCUGUAACCCCACCUGUUACCCCUCCUGUAUCCCCAGCUGUAACACCUCUUGUAACCCCAGCUGUAACCCCACCUGUAACCCCUCCUGUAACUCCACCUUUUACCCCUCCUGUAACCCCACCUGUUACCCCUCCUGUAACCCCACCUGUAACUCCUCCUGACACCCCUCCUGUAACCCCACCUGUAACCCCACCUGUUACCCCUCCUGUAACCCCACCUGUAACCCCUCCUGUAACCCCUCCUGUAACUCCACCUUUUACCCCUCCUGUAACCCCACCUGUUACCCCUCCUGUAACCCCAGCUGUAACACCUCCUGUAACCCCAGCUGUAACACCUCCUGUAACCCCACCUGUUACCCGACCUGUAACCCCACUUGUAACCCCAUCUGUAACCACGUAUAACAUCCAAACCACACCACCAAAAACUAAAGCUACAACCACUGCUGCAAACACAAGCGGUAAUCUGAGGAGUGAUGCACCUCAGACGUCCACUUCAGCACUCACCAAAACUACACCUGUUCAGACCUCUGCUGUUUCCCGCUGCACAGUGAACGUGACGGGGGUCAUUGCUGGUUCACGCUCAGCGGUGGUGAUGGUAACCACCAGAGGUCUGUCCUGUAACUUCAGCUUGGUAACCGAGCAGGAAUCCAGGUACGAGUCCGCCGACUGUGACCCCCGUGGAGAAACCGGGAACGACUUCAACUGUAAGGUCCAGGAUUUGGAACCAGGGACUUUGUACCAGUUAUCAGUGAUUUCACGGACAGACGGAGAGAAGAGCAGCAUGUCAGUGCGCACAGACCCAGUGUGUCCGGCUCAUCUUGAGGUCCAGCUGGACCAGGUCCUGUCUGCGGUUGAGUCUUUGGGGUUGACGGUGUCCUGGUCUCGCUCUGCCGGACAUGUGGACUGGUAUGAUGUGACCCUGGAGGACACCAGCUCUGGAUUGACCCUCAGGACCAGAAUCACGGGCUCCGCGGCCCCUCGCUCUGGUUUCAACUCCCUGGUCCCUGGUUCUCUGUACAGAGUCAGUGUGGUGGCGAUCGCCGGGACCCGGAGCGCUGUAGCUGUCAUCACCACGGCAACCACAGCUCCCUCCUCCGUCCGUGGCCUCCAGGUGGCGUCCUCAUCCUCAUACAGCCUCGCCGUGUCCUGGCAGGUGGGUCCAGGGAGAACUGAGCGAUUGAGGGUUCUGCUGAUGGAUCAGAACGGGGUUCUGUUGAAGAACGUCACUCUGAAGACCACGGUAACCUCUGCUGAGCUGGACGGCCUGAGGCCGGGGACCCGCUACACUGUCACCGUGGUAACAGAGGCUGUUGACCUGCAGAGCUCCUCCUCCAAACAGGCUAUCACAGUCCCUGCAGCCGUGACACUUGUGAGGCUGGACAACAACGGCAGCUCAGACCGUCUGCUGGCCUCCUGGGCAUCACCUGAAGGAGGCGUGGACCUCUACCUGGUCACCAUGACAACCCGGGGGUCGACCCCGCAGCAGCGCCGCCUGCCGCCCAACGUCACCCAGGUCGUGUUCGAGGGUCUGACCCCCGGUCGCAGCUACCAGCUGUCAGUCAGGACCGUGGCUGGAAGUCAGAGUUCAGAGACCAGGACGAGUGGGAGAACAGCACCAGCCCGGGCGUCGUCUCUCUCCUUGUCUCCUCUCGGUGACGGCCGGACGCUGAGGCUCAGCUGGACGCCCCCCUCAGGCGACUGGGAGAACUACAGUGUCCUGCUGAGGAACGGGUCGGUGGUUCUGGUGAACCAGACCGUGGGUAAAUUGAGCUCACAGUUCGUCUUCUCCGUCUUCGGCCUGGUGCCAGGUCGACGCUACAAGGCAGAGGUCACGGUUCACAGCGGCACCAUGGGUAACACGGCGCACUGCUACGGACAACUGGCGCCCCGUCGUGUGCAGCAGCUUCUGGUCCGUCACGUUGAUGAAACGUCUCUGAGCAUCGCCUGGACUCCACCGGUCGGUGAGUGGGACGACUUCGAGGUGCUGCUGAGGCAGGAGGGUUCCACCGCCACGGUUCAGAGGCUCCUCCCCCGGGACUCCAGAGAGUGCACCCUCAACGCCCUCACCUCGGGACGCCGCUACACCGUCACCGUGACGACCAACAGCGGCAACCUGAGCAGCUCCGCCUCCGUGACGGCCUUGACCGCCCCGGCCCAGGUCGUCCUGCUGCAGGUGUCUAACCUCGGGACCGUCGACAGCGUCCAGGCUCGGUGGCAGCGAGCGUCCGGAGACCUGGACUGUUAUCGCCUCCUGCUGGUCCACGACAGCAGCGUCAUCAAGAACGAGAGCGUGGAGGUCGACGCCACGGAAGCCACUUUCCAGGGUCUGAGACCCGGGGCCCUGUACCGGGUGGUGCUGACCACUGUCAGAGCCGGACACGCCUCCAGACAGACGGUGGCAGAGGGACGCACCGUCCCGGCAGCCGUGGGUGAGGUGACGGUCAGUAACAACGGUCGGACAGACUUCCUCAGCGUGUCGUGGCGUCCGGCUGCAGGUGAGGUCGACAGUUAUCUGGUGACUCUGAGGGACCGGGAGAAGCUGGUCCACGUUCUGGCCGUUUCUAAGUCCAGUCCAGAGUGUGUGUUCAACUCGCUGGUGUCCGGACGCCUCUACGACAUCUCCAUCGCCUCCCGCAGCGGCAGCUUCCAGAACCACACCCUCGUCCAGGAAAGGACACAGCCGUCGCAGGUCCAGAACCCGACGGCGACCCACGUUGCCCGGGACGACUACCUGAAGGUGUACUGGCGACCUGCGGCCGGAGACUUUGACCUUUACCAGGUGUUCAUCAAACACAACAACAUGUUCCUGCAGAACCAGACGGUUCUGAAGACGCAGAACGAGUGUGUGUUCAACGGCCUGGUGCCUGGACGACUCUACACCGUGCUGGUCAUCACCCAGAGCGGGAAAUAUGAAACCAGCGCCUCCACCCAUGGCAGGACUUUCCCGGCGGCGGUGCGGACCCUGAUGCUGGCUGGACUCGGGACGGAGCAGCUGAGGGUGACGUGGUCGCAGGCUCUGGGUGAUGUGGAUCACUACGAGGUCCAGCUGUUGUUCAACGACAUGAAGGUGUUUCCUCCCGUCGCCCUCGGCAGCAGCGUGGGGGAGUGUGUCCUGUCGUCACUCACACCUGGACGACUGUACAAGAUCCUGGUCUCAACCUUCAGUGGCCCGAACCAGAGAGCCCAGUUUAUAGAGGGACGCACAGUUCCCAGCAGAGUGAAGAACAUCCACGUCAGUAACGGAGGCGACACCAGCAGUCUGAAGGUGAACUGGACUCCAGGUCCGGGAGACGUGGACGGAUUUUCAGUGUUUCUGUUCAGGGACGUCAGACAACUGGACAUGCGACGUGUCCUCAAGCACCAGAACCAGGUGACGUUUGGUUCCCUGCAGCCGGGACAGAGGUACAAUGUGACGGUGCAGUCAGUGAGCGGAGAGCUGGUCAACAACAAUGACGCCUCAGGACGCACAGUGCCCUCUGCAGUGACGGGGGUCCUGGUGAGGACCCUUGACACUACCUGCGGCCUCCAGGUGAGCUGGCAGGAAGCUCUGGGUGUGGCUGACGGAUACGUCCUGCAGGUUCUCGAUGACCGAGGCUGUCUGGUGACAAACUCCUCGCAGCCCUCCAGUCGCACCAGAUGUAGUGUUGAUGGCCUCACCCCGGGAAGGAAGUACAGAGUCCUGGUCCAGACCACCAGCGGGGGGGUCCACAGCCAGGGGGUCAGCGCCGAGGCUCGGACACGCCCCGCAGCCGUCAGCGACCUGUCCAUCAAGUCCAACACCACCACCGGUCUGUCCUUCCUCUGGUCCGCACCGGACGGAGACUUUGACCUGUACGAGGUCCUCCUGUAUCAACGUGACGACUCGCUGCAGGAGAGACGACGAGUCCCGUCCAGCAGCCAGCAGGUCACCUUCCAGGGUCUCAGACCCGGGGCCACGUACAGGGUGGUCGUCCUCACCCACAGUGGACAGCAGAGCAAUCAGUCGUCCAUCUCGGCCAGGACAGUUCCAGCAGCGGUUCUGUCUCUGAGGACUCGCAGUGCGAAUCAGUCUGACGCUCUGUUGGUGAACUGGGAUCGUGGUGCCGGUGAUCUGAGUGGUUUCCUGCUGUCGCUCUUCAACCCCAACGGCUCCCGGCAGGCGGAGCAGCAUCUGGGCUCUGACGUCUCCGAGUUCGUCUUCUCAGACCUGGUCCCGGGAAGGCUGUACCGGGCCGAGGUUCUGAGUGUGAGCGGAGAACUCAGCAACAGGGCCGACACCUGGGGCCGUACUGCUCCAAGACCUCCCACCUCCUUCCUGUUUGGGGGGAUCACCAACACGUCGCUGGAGAUCACGUGGAGCGGCCCCACCGGUUCUGACUACGACGACUUCGACCUGCAGUGGACCCCCGGGGACCAGCUGUCCGUCAUCAACCCCUACCACAGCCGGACGUCCGGCAGCCGCAUCCUGUUUGGGAUGUUCCCCGGACGACGCUACACCUUCAGCCUCCGCACCGUCAGCGGGGUGAUGGAGCCCCGGGCGGCGCCCACCUACAGCAUCCCCAUUAACAACAGCAUCCGCACCAAACCCGAGCAAGUCCAUAGCCUCCACUGUCGCCCUCAGAGCUCCACCUCCAUCUCCUGCUCCUGGGCGCCUCCGGUGGCCGACUAUGACUCCUACACCGUUGAGUGUCUCCACCAGGACUCUCGGACACUGGUCUACUCCAGACGCACCGGACGGAACUCCAGCACCUACGUUGUCUCUCAGCUGGAGCCUCACAAACGCUACAUCGUCUCUGUGAAGGUGAUCUCUGACGGGACGACCAGCGAGGAGGCUCGGGACAGCGUGGUCACCAUGAUCGACCGCCCCCCGGCCCCACGCCUCAGUACACGGGUCAGUGACAAGUCAGCUGUGGUGACCAAGACCUCCAUUUUCUUCAAGUUCAACUGCAGCUGGUUCAGUGACGUCAACGGAGCCAUCCGGUUCUUCACCGUGGUGGUGACCGAGUCGGAAGGUUUUGACAACGUGCAGCCGAAGCAGCAGCAUCCUCUGCCCUCCUACCUGGACUACAAGUCCAACAGCUCCGUCACAUCCUACCAGACCAGUUACUUCCCCAGUGACUGCAAUCAGGGCCCCGACAGUUCCCACAGCUUCGAGGUCAGUGUGGGGACGGGGAUGGAAUUGCUGGGGGGAACCUGUGACCGCAGAGAUCCAGAGACCAGCAGAGACCUGAACCUCUUCUGUGAUGGGCCACUGAAACCUAAAACUGCUUACAGGCUCGGUGUUCGAGCGUUCACUCAGCUGUUCGACUCCACCGUCUCCUCUCCUCUGUACGCCGACACGUACCUGUCGCUGCCCGUGGUCACCGAAGCCGAGCCUCUGAGCGGAGUGAUCGAGGGCGUCAGUGCUGGUCUGUUCCUAAUCGUCAUGAUGGUGGGAGUCACCGCUCUGCUCGUCUGCAGACACAAGGCUCGCAAAGUUGUUGACGAGAGAGCGGCCGUCAGAAUGAGUGUGAGGAGAGAGAGAGCAACAUCAGGAAUUCACCUGGGGGUCAGAGGACACCGUCGCAGCUCAAGUCCGAUCAAGAUCAUUAACUUUGAGUCUCACUACCACAAACUUCAGGACGACUCCAACUACCUGCUGUCAGAGGAGUACGAGGACCUGAAGGACGUCGGCCGUAAUCAACCUCUGGAUUCGGCUCUGCUCCCAGAGAACCGCGGGAAGAACCGAUACAACAACAUCCUGCCCUACGACUCAACGAGGGUGAAGCUGUCCUGCGUAGAUGACGAUCCCUGCUCUGACUACAUCAACGCCAGCUACAUCCCGGGUAAUAACUUCCGUCGGGAGUACAUCGCCACUCAGGGACCUCUGCCUGGGACCAAAGACGAUUUCUGGAAGAUGGUUUGGGAGCAGAACGUCCACAACGUGGUGAUGGUCACUCAGUGUGUGGAGAAAGGACGGGUGAAGUGUGAUCACUACUGGCCCUUUGACCAGGACCCUCUGUACUACGGAGACCACAUCGUCCGGAUGUCGUCCGAGUCGGUUCUACCUGAGUGGACCAUCCGAGAGUUCAACAUCUGCAGCGAGGACCAGCUGAGCUUCAUCCGUCUGGUUCGUCAGUUCCACUACACCGUGUGGCCCGACCAUGGAGUCCCCGACACAACGCAGUCCCUCAUCCAGUUCGUCAGAACCGUCAGGGACUACGUCAACAGGACUCCCGGGUCCGGACCCACCGUGGUCCACUGCAGUGCUGGUGUGGGUCGGACAGGAACCUUCAUAGUUCUGGAUCGAGUUCUGCAGCAGCUUGACACCAAAGACUCACUGGAUAUUUACAGCUCAGUGUUCGACCUGAGACUCCAUCGAUCACACAUGGUUCAGACUGAGAGUCAGUACUUGUACCUACACCAGUGUGUGCGUGACGUCCUGAGGGCCAGGAAGCUUCGCAGCGAGCAGGAGAAGUUUGUCUGUCCCGUCUAUGAAAACGUCAACUACGGCCACAGAGAGACUCUGGGCACCAGGCGCUGAAGGUUCCAUCGACUGAAACAUGGAAACUUUAUUUUUAUAUCAGUGUUAAUAUUUAAAAGAAGAGAAGUUUAUAAUGAUGUCAUCAUGAUGAUGUCUCGUGUUUCAUCAUAUGAUUGUUUGUAAAGAUGAUCUUUGUAAUCAUGUGUUUUAAUAACGUCAGUGAUAAAUCACAAAUUUGAUCAGAGUUUCUGUAAAAACUAAGGACCACAGUAACAAACAGUUACAGACAGUAACAGACAGUUACAGACCGUUACAGACCGUCACAGACAGUAACAGACAGUUACAGAUAAUUACAGACAGUAACAGACAUUCACAGACAGUUACAGACAAUUACAGACAGUUACAGACAGUAACAGACAGUUACAGAAAGUAACUGACAAUCACAGACAGUCAAGGACAGUAACUGACAAUCACAGACAAUUACAGACAGUAACAGACAGUUACAGACAGUCACAGACAGUUACAGAAAGUCAACAGUCACAGACAGUUACAGACAGUAACUGACAAUCACAGACAGUUACAGACAGUAACAGACAGCUGGCCCCUUAGCCUCAUUGUGAUUCACAGUAUUUUUCUUGACAUUGUGUAUUUAAACUUCAUCCUGAGCAGUACUCUGUUUUGUUACUUCAUUAAACAGAUGACAACGUG